AUGGAGUAUCUCACUCGCAUUUUGAUUAAGGCUUCAAAGGACAAUCAUUUCAGGUUUCAUCCGAUGUGCAAGUCUUUGAAUCUUAUUAAUCUCUGUUUUGUUGACGAUCUCAUUAUAUUUUGCAAAGGAUCUGUUUCUUCUGUUCAGGUUCUUAGUGAGGCUUUUGCUGAGUUUGGUAAGUCCUCGGGCUUAAUGAUUAAUUACUCAAAAUCUCACAUAUACUUUGGAGGUGUUUCUGCAGAGAUUAAAUCGAGAAUUAUGGUUUGUUCAAAGCUUGUUGAGGGCUAUUUUCCUCUGAAGUAUCUUGGGGUUCCCCUUCGACCAACCAAAUGGAAAUCAGCAGAUUGUGAUGUUAUUUUUAAAAAGAUUCAGUUGCGUCUCAAUGUUUGGUCCAGUCGCCAUCUUUCUUAUGCGGGUAGAGUCCAGCUUGUUCAUUCGGUUCUAAUGGGUAUUCAAACUUAUUGGAUGAGCAUAUUCAUGCUUCCUCAGAGUGUUGUGAAGGACAUUGAUAAAUUUUUCUGUCAAUUUCUUUGGGGUGAGAGUGCUUCCCAUAGUAAAUUUCACUUCACUUCUUGGGAGCAAGUUUGUCGGCCUAAGCCUUUUGGGGGUUUAGGAUUUCGGGAGGGGGCUAUUUGGAAUAAGCUGAAACUUGCUAAGUAUAUUUGGGCAAUUGAAGCUAAACAAGACUCGCUUUGGGUCAAGUGGGUUAACUGUGUAUAUCUGAAGGAGGUAGAAUUUGGAGUUAUAGACCUAAGGCUGAUUUCAGCUGGUACUAGAGGAAAAUGA